AUGGCUCUUUCAAUACCCACAAAGAUCGGACUUGGUAUAGUGGCAUCUUAUACUUCAUAUGCUCUUUAUGUCUCAUACGCAGCAAAUAAAGAAAUCACAAAAAGAUCACAAUUAGAACAAUUGAAAAUUGCAAAUUCCAACUUAAAACCUGAAGAAAUCCAUGGUCAAGCAAGUUUAAUUGAUAAAUAUUUAAGUUUUACUGUUGCUGGUAGAUUUGAAAAUCCAUUUGAAGAAUAUAGAGUCCAAACAUUAUUUGAAUUUUUUUUAUCAAGAAUAUUAGAAUUAUUUGAAGGUAAAAGUAGAGGUAAUGUUCCAUCAAAUUCCAAACUUAGAGAAUUAUUACCCAUAUUCACACCAGAUUUUGAACUCCUAAGAGAAUCUUCAUUAAAAGAUAAUCCAACUAAAAAGGAAUCCAGUGAUCCUAAGUUACCAAAAUUCCAAGAUCGUUUAACAUUUACUUGGUUAGGUCAAAGUUGUUCAUAUAUUUCAAUAAGUGGUGUUAAUUUCCUUACAGAUCCAUUAUUUGCAAAUUAUUUAGUUAAUCCAUAUUUAGGCCCAAAAAGAAUAACUCCAUCACCAUGUAAAAUUGAGGAAUUACCCAAACCACAUUUUAUUAUGGUUUCACAUAAUCAUCCUGAUCAUUUUGAUGAAGAAAUUGCAGAUAAAUUACAUAAUGAAAGUACAUGGAUUGUACCAUUAGGUUUAAGGAAAUCAUUAGCCAAGAAGGGGAUUUUCAAUAUAAUUGAAUUAGAUUGGUGGGAUAGAGUUAAAUUACCCGUUAGUGAAGAUCCAAAUAAUCAUUAUGAAAUUGUAUGUACACCAGCAAUGCAUUGGUCUGGUAGACAUUUAUUAGAUUCAAAUUCAUCACUUUGGUGUUCAUAUGUUAUUUUAAGAAAUAAUAAACCAAUUUUUUUCCAUGCAGGUGAUACAGGAUAUGUUAAUGAUUUAUUUAAAAUGAUUGGAUCCAAGUAUGGAUAUGGUUUAAAAUUAGCAAUGUUACCAUGUGGACAAUAUUGUCCUCAAUGGCAUCAAAAACCUCGUCAUAUAAACCCGGAGGAAUGUAUUAAAAUUAUGAAAGAUUUAAAAGCCCAGAAAAUUAUUGGGGUGCACUGGGGGACAUUUGUAUUAAGCAGUGAACAUUUUCUUGAACCAAAAUUAAAAUUAGAAGAAUUAGCAAAAAAUUUAAAUAAAGUUUAUGAUAUAUUUGCAGGUGAAUUUGGUAAAACUUUAGUUAUGGAUUUAAGUAAAGAUAAUGAAGAAAUUGGUGAAUAUAUACCUAUUAGAGAUGGGAAAUCCGUGUUGAUAAAGUGA